AUGCUCAAGUAUGCUCGUCCACCAGUGCUUUAUGUAUUGGGACAAAGCAGUCCCUUAUUUUCUCCAGCGGAUCAUACGAGGGCACUAAAUCGAACGGGGAGAGGAAUUGGUGGCAGUGGCGGAAUCAAGGCUUCACAAGUGGAAGAGAAGAUGGUCAAGGGUUCCCAUCAACUACCUUUGGAGCGAGUAGUGGAAACGGCUGCUGCUGUUGGCCCUUGA